UAUUCUGAUUUUUUAAUUGCUCACUGUACAGUCCAGGGCCUCAAGUGUGGAGGAGAAGAAAAGGCCUGAAGGAAGAGCCCCUGAGACCUGCCCCCCCCAGCAGCUCCUGGCAGGAAGUCCACACCGUGCUCAGGUGGAGCCCUCGGACUUCAGGCCCAAGCUCCGUGCAGCAGGGUAAUGGCAGAGUUGAGACUGGAUCACGGUAGCAGCCUGUUCUCUAGAUUUCUGUGAUGACGGCAGAGCCACAGACCUCCAGCAGACCCGUUCUCUUGAAGCAGGUCAUUGAAGGCUUGCUUUGUGGGGUACAGAGUGAUCCUUGGUCUACCACAGAAUUGAAAGCAGUCACGUUUUGGAUCAUGCACUUACAGUGGCAGUAUACAAAAAAAGGUUACUAAGCGUAUACCAGGAAUCAGCAGCUGCUUUUUCACCAGUCACAAAAUGUGUUGAAAGAUGCCUCAGAAGAAUUUAGCUUGUGAAUCUUGCCGAAUUCUAGUCAGCUGUUUUUAGAAAUGCAGAUAAAGAAAAUGAAGGAUAUAGGAGAACAGCUGUAUACUGCACAAAUGAAUGGUGGACACAGUUCCUUGACCAUGUCACCCAAACCGCCUAAUUCUAGUAGAGCAACUCGACCAGACAGACAAGAAGCACAAGCCCUCUUGUACCAAGGCUCGGAGGCAGAGGCUGCCUUGAUGACCAUUGCCACGUGUAUGAAGUGCAAAAGUGUUCACAAAAUCCCUCUUCAGGAUUUGAAGAAAGAUACUGGACAAAGCCAAAAGGAAGACAAAUAUGUCUGUCUCAAAUGCAGCAUUCAUGUAUCUCCUCCUCGUUUUCAUUUUGUAAACAAUAAUCCCAGUGCUGCCCAUGUUGGAGAUAAUACUGAAACUAUCUCAAGUCCUGUCAACAAAUUUAAGGUAAGGAACUUUAAGCCAGGCAAAUAUUAUUGUGAUAAAUGUCGGUUUUCUACAAAAGACCCCCUGCAGUACAAAAAGCACACACUUCAACAUGAAGAGAUUAAAUUCAUUUGUUCUCACUGCAACUACAUUUCGUACACAAAAGGAGAGUUUCAGAGGCAUUUGGUGAAGCAUACGGGCAUAUUCCCUUAUCAGUGUGAGUAUUGUGACUAUGGUGCUAUUAGAAAUGAUUACAUUGUGAAGCAUCGGAAAAGAGUCCAUGAGAGGGCCGGGGCUAAACGGCCACUCAAGACUGUUGGCAAGCUAGAGCCAAAAAGAAUCAGUGUCUCAAGACAAAACACAGAGCUUUUAAAGGCUCCCAGUCCAAGGACUACGUUUCAAAAUAAGUUGUCUGAUCAGCUUUCAAGGUUCUCUCUCCAAGCAAAUAAAGACAAAAUGCACAGCAUCAUGCUGUUACCUGAAUCAAAAGAACACCAAAAAGAUGUAGUGUGUAUUCCAAAUAAAAUGACCCUACCUGAGCCCAACGAGGUCAGUCUGUUUGAGAACAAAAGUGUUGAAGUAGAAGUGUUGUCCCCUUCAAAAGAACCUGUUCAGCCAGGCGUGCCAUUGACAGUGGUGGCCCCGUCAGAGCUUGUUGUCCCUGCAAACUGCUUAGCCCAGUUGAUAGACGUGAAGGUUGUCAAUGGCACACAGCAGCUUGUUCUGAAAUUGUUUCCACUGGAAGAAAAUAAUCGCCUUGAAGCUGACAGGGGUGAUAUAAGUAAUUCUGGGCAUACCACUAAAGAGAAGAGUUCAUAUGAACAAGAAAAAAUACUUCGUGCUGAAAAAACAAAGUCGCUAACAAUUGAAGGGAAUGUUGGGAAACUUUUAGGCAUUGAUAGUCUUCAGUCUUCAGUUCAGAAGCAAUUUAAAAAUGUGAAAUGGGUAAAGUCUUAUGAUUUUUUCAUGUCAAACUCUAGUGUGCACAACUAUAGAGAAUCCUUUUUUAAUUCUGAUAUGGUUGAGGACUUGCAGAGAAGAAACAGUUUGUAUGCACACAGAACUGCUCUUCCUUCUCUUGCCUUAAAAGCCCACUCUCCAUCAUCUGUAGUAAAAAACAGUGUUUUCUGUGGUCUUGGACCUGCAUCAAACCCUUUUCCAUAUAAAGCUGCUGCUGCUUUUGCUGAAGGUGGAAGAAACUCACGCAGUGACUCUCAGCAGUCAUUUCCUCUUGCGUGGCCUGCAGCUGUUUCGUUUUCUGGAGAAAAGGGUGUAUUGCCUUUAAGUGAAAAUGAUUUAGAACCUAGAAGUAAUAUUAGUUUUCCUGUAAAAAUGGCUUCCUCUAGUAGAAAGCUGGAAGGCAACCAGACACAGCAAAGCAAGGCAGUUUCACAUGUAGGUCAGAUUUCCUCUCCCCAUAAAAGUGAGUAUUUACACAUAAAUAUAACUGGAGAAGAAAGAGUUAAGUCUCAUCAACCUGGGGAGAAGCCUAUAGAAUUGAAGGAUUCUGAAAGGACUAAGGACACUUUCGAUGGCCCAGUCAUCUCAUCAGUAUUUUCUUUGAGCUCCGGAUCUGAAAAUGUGCCAGAAGGUAUUAAGUGGAAUAGUUCAACAUCCAAAAUAAAGUCAAUUGAGCUCUUGCGCAGGAAGAUAGCUCAAUUAAUUGAGUCCUGUGGCAAGCCUUCCUCUUUGUCUGCAAAUGGUGCACACCGUCGUUCUGCAGGGCAGGCAUCAAAGAUAAGUGCAAAAGCAACCUCCGAGUGUAUUGAAGAAAUUAAUGUGUCACUUACUGGCCCUGGCCCUUCCACGGGUCCUCUCCAGAAACCUCAGAAUGAAGUUGCUCUUAUUGGCAAUGGACAGCUUACACAAAAGGAGAUCUAUCCACAGUUUGCCAGCAUCAGUGAUGGGAGAACUGAAAGCAGAGGGACCAGAAAGGCACCUGUGGCUACUCCGGUGCUGAUCCCCAAAGGGGCUGUGCUAAGAGUUCUCAACUCCUCAGAGGAUGCUCGCAUCAUAGAGGCCACCUGUGACGCGCCUGUCACCAUUCCUUGCAGUGAAGCUCAUUUACCGAAACCAGUUCCGAUCCGUCCUGUGAAACAGUCAGACUCAGACUUGCAGCCUUUGGUGAGGGAAAGUGGCCCAAUAGACAUGUCCUGGAAUCUGGAGACAUCUCUGCGGCCGAAACCUAGAAAAGAGGAUGCCAUCUGCAGUACCACCCCUAAGAAAAUGGGUCCCAUGCACGGGCAACAUGGGAGGCUGCUCUCCAGAAGUCUUCCUGGGAGCAGGAGUAAAACCAAGCAAGUAAACUCAUCCAGGAAGAAGGGCAAGAUUCAGGCUGAGUCCAGCCGCUGCCUCAAGGAUCCUUCCAUUUUUCAGGUUGCGAGACAGCUUCGACUGGUAGCAGUAAAACCCGACCAGCUGAUUAAAUGCCCCCGUCGGAACCAGCCUGUCAUUGUGCUCAAUCAUCCUGAUGUUGACUCACCAGAAGUAACCAACGUGAUGAAGGUAAUCAACAAGUACAAAGGCAACGUCCUUAAAGUGGUUUUAUCCGAGAGGACUAGGUGUCAGCUGGGCAUUCGCCGGCAUCACCUACGACUCACCUACCAGAACAUGGAGGAAGCUAGCCAGAUGAAGAGGCAAAUGAUGUUGAAGAUGAAACUGAAAAAAGUUCAUAAAAACAACUACCAGGUGGUGGAUUCCUUACCGGAUGACUCAUCACAAUGCAUAUUUAAGUGCUGGUUUUGUGGGCGGUUAUAUGAAGACCAGGAAGAAUGGAUGAGUCACGGCCAGCGGCAUUUGAUAGAGGCAACUCGAGAUUGGGAUAUUCUUUCUUCCAAGGGCAAAUGAGUAAAAUUUGGCAUUUGAAGCAAGUUGUUUUUCAUUUGAUUUGAGGUUCUCCCCUCCCAGAUUCAAUAGGAGAAUCCCAGACUAGAGGAAUGAGGAUUGUUCAUUCUUCAGAGCCCCUGUAGGAAUGGACCUUAGGAGGUAUUAGAAGCCCCUGGAAUUGUCCACACAAGUGGAUGCAGUUCUCUAGAGAAAGGGUGUUGUAUUCCCAGCAGAUUUUCAGUGAGAUUGAAGACCUCUCUGUUUAGUGCCCCCAUUUCUGAGUAGAUACGAACUUUGGUCAUCCCUGCAGAGGGGCAAGUUUAGAGUGCUUUACGUAUGCCCCUAUAAAUGCUACUGAAGAAUGAAGCCUACGUUUUGGUGUGCACAUACACUUUGUUUUUGCUUUAGCUCCUCUCCGGAAUAUUUGUUACAUAGGAGAAAUUACAUUUUCUACAUCAUUAGUUAUCUUAAAUGUGGUUAUAGAAAAAAAUGGCCAUUCUUUCAAAUCCCUCCCCAUUCUGUGAUACUCAUCUUCUAUGUAGCACUGAGUUCUCCUUUAGUUGGGUGUUUAAAGGAAUGAAUGAUUCCAAGGAUUUCCCUGCAUUUACUACAUGUGUGUGUGUGUGUGUGUUUGUGUUUAAUUCAAGUAUUUUGGUUUUGCUUUCUUUUAAAAAUCUUGACUUGUGACAGUUGGGUAGGGAAUGUGCCUUUAAAAAAAAAGUUACAGAGGGAAAAUAACGAAAAGAAAGUCUCUUUGCUUGUAAUGAUCCCACAGCAUAAAUUAAACGGCCAGUUUAAAAUGUAAAGGAAGAGGUUUUAUACAACAUAAACCCUUAGGAAGACUUAGCUAAAGGUAGACUUGUAAAGCAGGCUACGAGAAGAGUAACAGGACUUGGUUUUCACGUAGGGACUCGUUAAAAAAUGGGAUGCUGCUUGUCUGCAUCGCUGGGGAUCCCAAAUGCUGGUCCCUGGGCCAGCCCCUCCUGUUUUCUGAACAGGUGCUGCUGUGGACUAGGACAGCUUUCCUAUCUCUUCUCCACCCUUUCCUUCUUUGCCUUUGAGGCUUGGGGGAGAAAUCAACAUAAUAGAUAGAAAUCCCCUACUGUCUUUGCGAAAUCGUAGCAAACAUGAUCCCUGGUUUUCAAUGCCAAUACUGGCUUGCUGGUAAUAUAGCUUAAUCAGCCACACCUCCCUAGUGCUCAUCUUUCCUGAGGUCUUCCCUGUCUUCUCCACCCACAGCCAACAGGACUCUUAGGACCUGUAAGGCACCUGUGUGUACGUGGGCAGGUGGGCGGCUUGGCAGAGAGCUCAGACCUGACUUUUAGCCUUCACUGGCCCAGGCAGCUGGGCACUGACCUUCAGGCAGCAGUACAGAUGGCUGAGUCACAGGGCAGCUUCCCCAGGCCUUCUGCCCUUCCUUAGGGUACUUACUGAUAACAGUGGUACAGGGACUGUGACAUCUGAAAGGACACCAGUGCUUUCUAGCUGGCUUGGCAAUUAGUUGGAGACUUGUUCUUUCUGUUUUGUUUUUUGUGAAAGUCAUAGAUUAUCGUCUGAUGGGUGGGAUUAUAGUCCUUUAAAUAAAGUUUGUUCUCAUCACAAAUACUCAAAUUUCUUCAGUAUAAGAUCGUUAAGUUGCUUGAUUUUAUUAAAAUUUAAAACUUACAUUUUUAUAUAUGUGUGUGUACACAUAUAAGUAUUUUUACCACAUGAGAAUUGCAAUAGCUAAUUUUCUGGUUUCCUAUUUUAUAAUAUGUGGGCUGGGAAAAAUGUACAACAUUUUUAUAUUCCAGAAAUAAUUUAUUUUGGAAGUACAUUUUUAUAAUGGUUUGAUCUCAUUUUUAGAUAAUGAAAGCACAGUAAGUGAUGGGGUUUCAUUUUUAUGAACAAACAGGAGUAGAAACCCCCCGUGGAUCAUUUUAUUAUGCAUUCAGUUUUUGUGCAGUUUUAUUUGGUGCUUUGUGGCUGUUAGGUGUUGUACCACUUCACUACAUGGCAGAGCGUUCUGAAGUUUUAUCUGUGUUGCAGACUUGUACCCUCCUGCAUGAAAGAGAUCUAAGAUACGGAGAGAAAAAGAAGAAAAGCCUGUGACUUUUGUUUUAUUCUCCUAUACCUCACCACUUAGCAGCUUUUUCUUGAAUGGCUGGGCUGAGAGCUGGCCCUGUCAGAGUAUUUAGCAUCAGCUUGAAAUAUUUACAGUUCACAGUAUCAGCUGUUGUUCAAGUAUUACCUAAAACACAUUUUUGAGUACUUACGUGGAAUUGAAUUUUGUGAGUAGAAUAUGUAGCAAAGCUUUUGGGGAUUGUCAGAACUGUAAUACUUUUUAAGCAGUUAAAAGGUAUUCUCGGAGUCUUAAAAGUGGGAAAGCAGAAGUGGAUAUGUCCCCAGAUACAGAGCUUUAGAAAGUAGCUUGUUAACGUGUAGGUAAUGUCAUGAAGCAAACACAUUUCUAACAAAAUUGGAGGGAGUAGGGGCAGAACUCUGUUGAGUACUUGUGUACUCUGACCUUAAUUUUGAAGGAUCUCUGGUCACUACUUGUUAGUAGUACUAAUAACAUUUAUUUUAAACUUAUUUUUAAAAUUAGGCUUUACUAUUGGGGGCCAGAAAUGAGAUGACCUUGUUAUAUUUAUGAUAGGCAAGUAAAACUAAGUGUACUCAGUAGAUUCUAUUUUAUUCAAAAUGUUAUCCCCAGUCCAAAACACUUUGUGAGCCCCUCCUAUGGGCCAGGCCCUGUUGGAACUAAACUUAACAAUUAACCCUCAGAAGCUCCAGCCCCCUCUCUUUAGGACUUUUUCUUAUAAGCCAUCCCAGGAAAUGAAGAUGUGAUGCUGCUCAGCCUUUAGAAAAACUUUUGAAUCUGUGAAUGUCUAUAUGAGCAGAAAACAAAACUUUGUAUAACAUGUUAAGCAUUAUUAUAAUUCCUGUGUUAACAGUCUGCGUCUGCUGCUCUGGUUUUGAAACACGUUUGGAUAUAGAUAUAGAAGUUGGAGUAAAUUUUGUUAAAUAAAAGUAACUGCAAGAUUUUUUCUGCC